AUGAUGCUGCCCAAGAUCGCCGUGCUCGCCCUCGUCGCCGCCGUUCGCGGAGCUAAUCUCACGGGCACGUUCCCGACCUUCGUCGCCGGCGACCUCGAUGGCAAUUUUAACAUCUCGAUCCUCGGCUCGGGCUUCGAGAACCGCUCGUCGUCGAGCGAGAUCACCUGCCACCUGCGCGGCGGCCUCAACGCGGCGGCCCAGUCGCCCGGCGCCGACUUCCCGCGCGAGAUCCCCGCCUUCGUCGAGUCCGACUCGGAGGUGCUCUGCGAGCUCCCGCCGUACGCGGUCAGUUUGGAAACGCGCGUCGAGGUCUGGGCGGACCACAGCAGCAACUUCUCCGAGGGCUCGUCGGCGAACUUCUCCUGGCGCCAGCUCGUCGAGGCGACGCCCGCGCGCCGCCCCUUCCUCACGACGGACACGAAGGAGCUCCUCGUCUGGGUCGACGCCGAGGCCGCGGCGGCGUUCGCGCCGACGGCGAAGGACCACUCCGUGGAGAUCUGCCGGUCGACGCCCGAGUGGCGGUCCUGCGACGUCGUGCCCUUUGCGCGCGGCGGCGCCGCGGUCAAGCUCGAUCUCGGCGUCGACGUCGGCGAGGUGAACGCGGACCUGGCCAUCGACGCGACUUUUUUACCUUCCGAGACGAAGCUCGCGACGAAGAAACGGCGCCUCGUCGUCGUCAAGCCGCCGCCCGCGACCUACGCCGGCGCCUUUACGGUCGUCGACCACGCGCGCCGCGCCAUCGCCGUGGACGGGAAGCCGUUUCUUUCGAUGGGCUACUACUUCUACGGCCUCGUCGAGUACCAGCGCGGCGACGCCACUCUGGAACAGGCGCUCGAGGACGUCGCCACGCUCUCUUCCCUGGGCACGAACCACCUCGUCGCCUACGGAGCGGAGACGCUCAACGACGACGACCUCGGCGCCUUCGUCGCGGCCUGCGAGGCCCACGGCGUCAUGUUCGAUUUUAGUCUCGUCUGGAAGGUCAUCCCGGUGCUCAACGCGACGACGGGCGGCAACACGACGGAGAAGUGGGCGAAUCUCACAAAGUCCGCGGACCGCGUGCGGAAUUCGCCGUCCCUCGUCGGCUAUUAUACCUGUGAUGAUUGCGACAACGGCGCGCUCUACACGUCCGCGGGCCUGGCCGAGGUCUACGACCAAUUGAAGCUCCGCGACCCUUACCACCUACACUUCGGCGCGGACUGGAGCCAGCCCUGGGCGAACUACGCCUGGUCCGAGGCCGUCGGCGCCAGCGUCGGCGCUUUGGGCUUCGACGUCGCGCAGGUCGAGAACUACAAGCCCGACCCGAAGCAGCUGCUAAACGACGCGCGGAACCGCGACGGCAUGCGCUUCGAGCCGUUGAUCAACUCGCCGGGCAUGUACCUCAUGGGCCCCGCUCCGUUACCGCCGAACGCGACGACCUCGGGCUACCCCGCGGUGCUGGAGGCGACGCAGGGCUGGAUGUCGACGAUGACCUACGACGCCCCGGGCCAGCUCAACUUCCUCUACGAGACGCGGUCGAACGCGACGGACGCCUACUCCAAGGGCCGCGGCUCGCCCAUGGACCACGUCGAGGCCCAGGGCGAGUUCGCGGCGGCGGCGACGAAGCUCUUCGACGCCGGCAUCUUGCUGCCCGACGUCACCUACGACGACACGGACCUUCCCGUGACCUUCCCCGACCGCGUCCUCGCGCGCGGCUACAGGCGCCACGCGGCGGCCGGCGCGCCGUUCUGCGCCUACGUCGUCGUCGCGAACCUCGAGCCGACGCCCUCGACCUACGCGCUCGCCUUCGCGGAGGGCGUCCUCCCCGACGCCGCCAAGGUCGCCUACCACGAGUUCCGCGCGACCUACAACGUCACCGUCGCCCGCGGAGACGACGGCGCCGCGACGAUCGACGACGUCCUCACGGGCUUUGGUUUCGGCGGCCGGGAGCUCCGGGUUUUUCGAUCGAUAGGGGUCCGCGCGCCGCGCCGCCACCGUAACACCAUGGACGACGCGACGUCCAUCGCGACGUCGGACAACCGGUCGUCGGUGGGCGCGCAGUCCGUGCUGGCGCGGGACUGGACGGUGACGGCCCACGAGGUGUGCUACGCGACGGGCGAAGGGAAGCUGCUCCUCGACGAGGUGACGGCCGUGAUCCCCGGGUCGUCGGCCUGCGCGCUCGUGGGCCCGUCCGUCGCGGACAAGGGCGCGCUGCUGCGGCUGCUCGGCGGCGCGGCGCGCGGCGGCUACUUCUCCGGCCGCGUCGCGUUCGGCGGCCAGCCGCACCACGAGGCGAGCCUGCUCUGCGUCUUCGCCGAGGCGCCGCCCGGCGGCGAGGGCGAGGCGCGGUCGUUGUUGGGCGGCGGCGGCGGCGGCCGCGUCGAGGGGUCGCUGUCGCCCGCCGAGGCCGUGGCCUUCGCCGCGGCGUUAAGGUUCGGCGCCGACGCGCCCGACGCGCGCGACCGCGGCGCGACGAUGGCGCGCGCGCUGGGGCUCGACGACGCCGCGCGGCAGCGCGCCGCGGCGGCGAAGGGCCACCGCUUCGCGCGCGGCGCGGCGUCGCGCGCCGAGGCCGUCGUCGCGCGCGUCGCCGUCGCGGCGGUCCACGGGCCGCCGGUGAUCUGCGUCGAGGACCCGUUCCGGGGCCUGGCGGGCGGCGAGUGUCUGGUCGUGGCGGGCGCCCUCGAGGCGCUCGCCGCGCGGGGCCACACGGUGAUCGCGUCGCUGGACAGCGACGGCCUGUCCGAGGCCGCGUUCGAGGCCGCGUUCUCGCGGUCGGUCGUCCUGCGCAACGGCCGCGUGCUCUACUGCGGCGAGACGCGGCGGGCCGCGGCGCACUGCGCGCGCUGCUUCGCCGACGGCGACGGCGCGCGCUUCGGCCGUUUAGAUGUUUUGGAGCGCGUCGGCGGCGACGCGCGGCUCGCGGCCGCGUGCGCGCGGUCGUUCGCGCGGACGCCCGAGUCGCGGCGCGCGGAGCAGGAGGCCGCGCACGUCGAGCCCCUCGACGAGGAGCGCGGCGCGCUCCACUGGCUGGCGCCGCCCGUCGUCGCGCCCGCCGCGCGGUUCCGGACGCUCGUGUACCGCGACCUCGCGCGCCACGGGCGGCCCUUCGGCGUCGCCGUCGCGGAGCGGCACGCGGGCGCGGUCGCGGUCGCGCUGCUCUGGGGCGUCGCCUUCUGGGACGUCGCGGCCGUCGGCGCGGACCACCUGAGCGCCUGGGCGCUGACGUCCGUGGCCUUCGCGUCGGGCAACGUCGUCGUCGCGGCCAUGCUCGCGUCGGCGCCGCAGAUCUGCCGCCGCCACGGCGACUUCGAGCGCGACCGCCGCGCGGGCAAGUACGGCGCCCUGGAGCACGUGGCGGCGCGGUCCGCGCUGCUCGUGCUCGAGUCCGCCUGCGUCGCCGUGGCGCCGACGGCGCUGUAUCUGAUGGCGGGCCUGCCGUUCGGGUGUUGCGCGUUCGUCUACGCGCUGGGAGCAUUGCUCGCGUUCGCCUGCGGCUGCUGCAUCGAGGCGCUGGCGGCCUGGGCCCACAGCCCGCCGCCCGCGGACGCGCGCGGCGGCGGCGGCGGCGACUUCGCGCCGGACCGCGCCGCGGCCGCGGCCGCGGAUCGCGUCGCGUGCGGCGCCUUCGGCGCGCUCGCGUCGUGCAUGGUGCUGUCGACGGGCUUCGGCGUGGAGCUGAACGACUUCCGGAGGGGCAACCCCUUCUUCUGGCACGCGCGGGCGAACCACCUGCGCUGGUACGUGCAGGGCGUCGCGCUGCGGGUCCGCGCGUCGUCGCGGUACCACGACGGCGGCGUCGACGCCGCCGCGGGCGGCUGGCGGCGCUACGCCGCCGUCGACUCGCUCUGGGCGCUGCUGGCGCUGGCCGCGGCGGCGCGGCUCGCGUCCUACUACUACCUGACGCUCCGGCCGCCGUCCGCGCGCCACGUCGACGCGAAGAAGCUGGCGACGUGGGCGACGCGGCCAAAGCUCGACGCGGACGACGCCGCGGAGGCGCUCGACGCCGCGGCGAAGAACCCGCUGGGCCUCGCGCGCGACAAGGGCGCCGUCGCCGUGCCGCCGCGCGUCGCGCCGGAGCGGUCCAACGAGCGGUCCGCGCGCGCGUUCUCGCGAUCCGUCGACGCCGCGCCCGUGUCGCUCGCCGCGGACGGCGUCACGGUCGCCUGCUGCGCCGACGGGGCGGACCUGAAAACGCCCCCGCGCAAGGCUUUGGUGCUCGAGGACCUGUCCCUCGCCGUCGCGCCGCGCGAGGCCGUCCUCGUCGCGGCGGACGACCCGCUCGGCCCGCGGUGCCUCCUCCGGGUCUUCGCGGCGCGCGACGCGCGCAAGUCGCGGGGCCACGUCGUCGCCGCCGCGGGCCGCGUCGCCGUCAACGGCGCGCCGCGGCCCCGCGACUGGCGGAGCCGCUGCGCGUUCCUCGCCGCGGGCGACGCGCGGUGCGACGGCUUCCUGAGCCUCUCGGCGCGCGAGACCGUCGCGCUGGCCCUGGGCCUCGCCCACGGCCGCGCCGUCGACGCCUCUGCGCGGGCCGAGGACGCCGGCGCGGAGCCGCUGGCGGGCUACCGCGCGCGGACGCCCGAGGGCGCGCUCGCGCCGCCGCCGACGGCGGCCGCGGCGGCCGCGUGGCUCGACGUCGUCCUCGACGUCGCGGGCGUCGCCCGGCAGGCCCAGCUCGGCCCCGUCGCCUACGGCGGCGGCGGCGACGAGUCGCCGGCGCUCCACCGGCGCCGCGUGGCGCUCGCGUGCGAGCUCGCGCGCGCGCCCGUCGUCGUCUUGGUCGACGACCUGACGGGCGGCGCGCGGUCGCCGGCCUGCGGCGCGCGCGACGCCUGCGCGCCGCGGGACGCGGCGGCCCUCGCUCGGACCUACGCGCACCUCGCGCAGCUCGGCUGCACGGUCGUCGCGACGGCCCACGGCGCGCCGCGCGACGUCGUCCUCGCGUUCGACCGCGUCGCGCUCCUCCGGGGGCCCCGCCUGGCCUACGACGGCCCGCCGCGGCCCGUCUUCGACGCGCUCGCCUCCGCGGCGACGCGGCCGGGGCUGGCCGACGCCGCGCGCGUGUCGCGGGACGCGACGCUCCGGCCGCUCGACGCCGCGCUCGAGAACGACCUCAAGUUGCUGGCGGCGCCGGCAUCCGCGGGUCCCGGCGGGCCCCUGAAGACGCCGGAGGAGGCGGAGCCCAUGGGCGCCGCGGCGAUCCUGCGCCCGACGUUCCGCGUGGGGGUCCUGGCGCAGGCGGCCGCGCUGCUCCGGCGCGAUCUGGCCGCGGCGCGCGCGGACCGCGGCAUGCUCGGCGCGGCCAUCGGCGCGCCCCUGGCGAACGCGGCGCUGCUGUGCGGCGCCUUCUGGGGCCAGGGCCACGACGACGCGCGCAGCGUGCUCUGGCUGAACUACUGCCUCCUGGCGGCGUUCGCGACGCCCGCGGCGCUCCAGUUCCCGCGGCACGCGGCGCUCGCGCGCGCGUUCGAGCACGAGCGCGCGGCGGGCCUCGUGGGCGCGCCGGCCUUCUUCCUCGCGAGUUUGGCGGCGCCGCUGCCGUUGACGCUGCUGCGGGCGUUGUUGGUCGUGCCCGUCGUCUACGCGGCGGCGAACUUCGUGGUCGACGGCGCGGCCGUCGCCGUCGCCGUGCUCGCGUGCGGCGCGGCGGGGCUCGCGGCCCAGGCGCUGGCGCUGGCCUGCUGCUGGGCCUACGUGGCGCAGACGAACGCGUCGGCGCUGGGGCUGGGGGCGCCGGACGCCGCGCGGCGCCGCGCGCUCGCGAUCGCGCGCGCGGGCGACGCCGCGGCGCUCCUCGCGCUCUCCUUCCUCAUGUACUGCGGCUUCUUCCGCUUCGUCCGCGACCUCGACGCCGGCUGGCGCGGCGCCGCCGACGCCGACUUCGCGCGCUGGCUCCUCCAGGCCAUGUCCACGCCGCAGCUCCGCGACAAGGCCGCGCCGGGCCGCUACGAGACCGACGGCGGCGCGAACUUCUACGCCGACGCGCGGCGCUUCGUCGGCUACAGCCACGGCACGACGGCCGACGGGGCCCUGCUCAGCGGCGUCGUCUACGGGCCCGUGGUGCUCACGGCCGUCGCCCUGCUCGGGCUCUUCCGCCUGCUGUCGUACGGGUAUCUGAACGUCGACAGCCACGAGACCCACUUGAACGUCGGGUUCAUGCCGUUGGGCGACACCGGGAACCCGCUCCCGAUGAAGCCCGAGAUGAAGAAGAAGGACGCCACAACAAAAGCGACGUCCACCGACGGCGACACGGCGACGGAGAAGACGAGGAUCUGCGAGUACAAGAUGGCGACGCCGGACGCCACGAGCCCGUAG